AUGGAAGCUUGGUUUGCAGUGGAGGACGGCUGGUCACAUCCUACUGAGAAGAAUGAGAUUGGUGAACUGUUGCCUAAGCACAGGAAGAAGUGGACAGCAGAAGAAAUAGCGGAAUCCAAGCAUAACUCGCAGGCGUUGUCAGUCAUCUUCAAGUCUCUACCAAGGGAAAUCUUCAAUCAAGUUCAAGGAUGUGUUGCAGCCAAGGAGGCAUGGGACAUUCUGGUCGUCACAUUUAAAGGCACAUGCAGGAUUAAGCGCACAAGGCUGGACAAUCUUGCAUCAGACUUCGAAAACUUGCAAAUGACUAAAACUGAGUCAGUGGCAGAUUAUAGGAGCCGGUUGAGUGGUAUUGCACAGGAAGCUGUCGUUUUGGGAAAACGAUACAAGGACAAGAAGCUGGUGAAGAAAUUCCUCAGAAGUUUGCCUGACAAGUUUCAACCUCACAGGUCUGCUAUAGAUGUGUCCUUAAAUUCUGAUGAGCUCAAGUACAAUCAAGUCAUUAGGAUGAUGCAGGCGUUUGAAAUUCAACUAAAGAAGAAAGAGAAAAUGAAUGUGAAGUCAUUUUCACUCAAAGCUAUAGAAGAACAGAAACUUGCUGAAUCUCAGGAGGUUGCGGAUGAAGAAAAAGUGGGUUUGUUAGUUCAGAAGUACUUUUGUAAGAUAAAGAAAGGUCAGCGGAAAGGAACAACAUCACUCAUGAAUGCUAGUUCAGAUAAGGAGUUCAGGAAAAGUGACAAGCAGGAGCGUCAAUGUGCUGAAUGUGAAGGAUAUGGGCAUUACAAGUCUGAGUGUCCUAACAACAAACGUAAGAGCUCUCUGCAAUGCUAUGGGUGUAAGGGUUACGGUCAUACCAAGACUGAUUGUCCUUCGCAUGGGAACAAGCAGAAAUCCUACAUUACCUGGAGUGAAAAUGAUUCAGAUGCAGAAGAUAGCCAAGGUGAGAUUCUGAACAAUUUUGUUGCUCUGCUAGUAGUUAUUGAGGAAGAUGAAAAAGACGAGGCUUUGGUGGUAAAAGAAAACAUAGACAAGAAGGUUGAUUCUGACUCAGAUGGAGAGGAGGCUGACUUGUCAAUGGAAAAUCAGACUGAGCUUCUUAUCAAGACAGUGUUGCAAAAGACUCAAGACAACAACGAGCUGACUUCCGAGAGAGAUACUCUUCAGAUGAAUUUUGCAAUGCUUUCUAAAGAGCUAAGUGAAGAGAAGGCUAAGUCUUUGCACUUUGAGAAGCAAUUGGAGGAACAGCUGAAGAACAUCAGGAUGCUAAGUAAGGGAACUAAAGAUCUGGAUAUAUUACUCAGUACUGGACGAUCAAGCACUGUAAAGUGGGGUCUGGGUUAUCAAGGAACCAACUCUGACAAGUCUACUCAAUUCAUCAGUGGGCAGAACUCUGAGCCGAAAACUGAAAGAAAAGGUUCUGGCUACAUCGACCUGUCAACAUGA